GUGUGGGAUCCCCAGGGAUUGCGUAGCCCCAGGGCGGUGGGGGCUGUGACCCGGCGGUCCCUGCGUUGCCUUCUCCGGCUGGCACCGACGGGGAGGUGUCCAGGGUGGCAGUGACUGGGAUGGAGGCGAUCACUAAGGUCGGAAGGAUGGGGGACAACCUGGGUGGAGAGAACUUUGGGGUGUGGAGCCUAAAGCACCCCUUCAGUUGGCAGAAGAUCAAGAUGCCGCUAUGUCACUGUGCUGCAAGACACAGUGACUCCGAUGGAGACUGGGGCUACCCUAGCAGCAGUGGGAUCAAGGUUUUCCUCCACUGGAGCAAUGGGGGUGACCAGUAUGUGACCUACAACCAGGGCACCAUGACCGCCGAGGAAAUCUGUAUUCAUAUUGCACAGAAAGUGGGUGAGUGGGGUUUGAAGUAA